AUGACAAGUACAAUUCAACCAAAUAUGUUACAUUCGCAUUUAAGUGCACCAAUGGCACAAGUUCCCCAUAGGCUUUCACAACAAACUUCUUUUCACGGACAUACAAAACGACAUUAUCGAAGGCAGCAGUCUUCUGGUUCUAUAACAUCAACAAGUCGUGAUUUUAGUACAGGUCGUGGUAUGAAUCGUGGAUCUGAUUAUCCUCAAAAACAACUUACACGAAAACCACGACCAGCCAGUUCACAUAUGCCAAGAGAUAAACGUUAUUCACAGUCCAAAGAACAAUCAUUUUUGCAUCAGCAUCCAUAUACUCACCUUCAAGAUAUAAAAAAGGAUAAAAAGGAACGAUUAACAAAUAAAGAAAAGAUGUAUUAUCGUAGAAGACUUUUAGAAAUGCAGCAUACAAAUGAUUCAUCAGGUUCAAAUUCAAAUCCAAACAGAAAUGAUGAUGACAAUAAUGCAAGACAUUUUCAUCCUCUACCUGUAAAUCCAGAAGAUGCUUAUGCUCAGAGAUAUUCACAAACACUAAAUGCUCCAUAUUAUAAAAAUAAAAAGAGAGAAGUACAUGACAGUAGGCGAAUGCAAUCAGUGAAUACGGUAGAUUAUCAUCCUAAGAAAUCUAAUUUAGAUGAAAUUGUAGGCCUCGCUCCCAACGACUGUCAUUGGUUUAAUUAUCAUUCUCACAAUUUCAAUGUACCAAGAGACUCCACUAAUGACUGGGGUCCUAAUAAACCACAGAUGUCUUCUUCAUACCACCAAGAGAUCCCAAGUGGUCUAAUCGGAGGACAACAAUCGCAGUUUGGGUUAAAUUCUCUUGAAAGUUUUCAACAAGGUUGUUUAACUUCACUGGCUAGUAUGUUGCUUUGUCCUCACACAAUACUUCCUAUCAUGGUUGGACUAUUUAGUAAUUUUGGGUCAUCCUGUGAUUAUGUACAAAGAUUAGGCGAAGAAUUAGUUUACUUAAAACAAUCGAAUCCAUAUUAUUAUGAUCAAGCACCAAUAAGCUUUAGUUUUUGGCCUGGAAUUCUACCUGUUAUAAUUGCCAGUAUUCUGGGUUAUAUUUUGGGUUUAUCAUUAGGAUGGCAGCUAGGAGUCGCUGUUGCUAUAACCGCCACAUUGAUGUAUGCCUUAUUUUUCGGUGUUAUUCUUUUCGGUGUUCGUGUUAAACACUGGUCGAAAACUAUUGAAUUGGCGGAAACAAUAUCACGUUAUAUGCGAGGAUGUAAUUUAUUUUUUAACAUUUUGUUCUAUCGAUCGCCACAGGCUCCACGUGUUGCUCAACCAGUCAGGUUACUACCAAUCAGCAUAAACUUAUCUAAUUUCUCCACGAGUACUGAGGCAGCUGCAUUUUUAGCUGCAAAAAUGUGGACUUCUAUUGAACAAAAAUAUGGCCGCCUUGCUGUAAGACUGCAGUGGGCAAGCAGAGAUGUAUAUGGUGAAUCAACAAAAACCUACCGUAAAGUUUGCUGUCUUCCAUCGUGUAUUUGGGUGAUUGUCAAUGCUAUCACUCUGCUUUGUAUGACCACAUUGAUUGCAAUUGACAAUGCAUUUGCAACAAUUGAAAAUGGCAGCGGCAGCAGUAGUACAACAUUAAAAAUUGACGGGGAUGUAAAUUCAUUGACAGAAAAUUUCAAAUUACUCAUUAUUAUUUGUUCAAUUAUAUCUGGAAUAAGUUUUAUUAUACUGAUUGCAGCUAUUACACCAGGUGUAUUAAAAUUGAUACAUGGUAGACCAUUUCAACAUCCAAUUAAAAAACCAUUCUAUCCUGAUCUAGAAAGUUAUACAGACAUAACAAUGGAUAGUUGUUAUAGUAGCAGUGCAAGAAAGUUUCAUCCAAUACCUAAUUGUAUAGAAACAGGUCAAUGUGUUGGUAAAGAACGUGGGACAACGUGUUUUACACAUGGAAACAAUGGUACACGACAGUUAUUAUGCAGUCCUAAUAAACUGGCUUCUACUGCAUCUAUGGCUGCUGCAGUUGCCGCGGCAGCAGUCACUGCAGCCGAUCGACACUGGAGACAAAUAGGAAACACAAAAAUGAAUGAUCAUAACCACUGUCAUUAUUAUCAUAAUCAACAGAAUGAAUUCGAUCUAGAAACUAAUCUGAAUGAUAUCAACACAAAAAUAGUUAGUACCUCCAGCUGCCAUGAUGACGACAAUGAUGAUGAUGAUGACGACGAUGAUGAGAAUGAGGACUCCAGUGAUGAAUCUAAACAGUCCGAUUCAAGUGAACAUAGUACUCCUGAAGAAGAAGAUGAUGUUUCUCGAAAUGAUGGACUAUUAUUCAACUCUGGAGAAUUUUUGAUAAGUGGUCAAAACAUUCCGAAUUCAAAUUAUAAAAUUAUGUUUGGUAAAAAGCACUCGUCCAUUCCUCAUCAAGAUAAAGAUUAUUCAAAGUCAGUGGACAAUAAUAAGCGUAGAAAGACAAUAUCUGUUGAACGUCAGAAAAAUGAGCAACUUUUAAGGCAAUAUAUACUGGAUGCUUGUUGUGUAUUGUCAAUGUUAGACCGUAGAGUCGGUGGUCGACAAACUCGUUUGAUAAUAUGCGUUGGUGGAAAAAGUGGUGUGUUAGAAAGUUCUUCUACAAAUAAAAAGUUAUUGGAUUUUAUGCAUUUAUUAGAUCAUGUUUUAAUGAAACCUCCAAGUGGUGGCAAAAGUUAUGAUGUUCCUUUAAUACUUGCUCCUAUGGGUGCUCCUGAAAAAGUAAUGAAUGAUGUUCCACCAUAUGUUUGGAUGCCUAAUGUUGUUGUGAUUGUGACCGCCAACAUCUCAGGUAUAUCCAAUAAGGAUUCAAGAAUACCUACUACAGUCAACUCACAUCAUGUAAGUGAUCCUAAGCAAAUGAAUUCAAUGUCUUCCUCGUUAAGAUUAUCAUCACUGGAUCCAUCGUGUGUGUAUAAUUUUAAAAUUUGGCACUAUAUCCACCAACUUUGUCAUUUACCUAUUUACAUAGAAGAUGAACCCACUGGAUUUAGUAUACGUGAUCAAAUCAGUGAACAGUCGUUUAUUAGUCCUGCAAGAUCAGCAUCAAAUAUACAACAUUCACACGAAACAAAAAACGAUAUUUCUCAGCCAAAAUCUUUAACAGAUAUGUAUAUUGGCAAUCAUGAGCUAUCACAUUUCAAUAAGAAGAAAUUUCGUCAUCUUUUAACACUAACUGCUUUUAUGGGACGAAUGAUAAAGUUGGAUCGAUUGUACACCCAACGUACAAUUUAUAUGAGUAGUCAAAAAAAUUUAGCCUAUCUAAAUGCAUUACAAUAUUUUACUAAUGAACCAUCAUUGAAUACACUUGCCACAUGGUUAUGCUUUUUAAUACAUUGGCCAUUUCAUGCUGCAUGGUUAAGUGUAUUUAUUGAAAAUUAUCAAAAAUGUGAAAUUAAAGAACGUACUAAUUAUCUAUUGAAUGGUCAUCAUACAUCACGUUCACAACCUGAAGGAUUGAAUCGAACAUCAAUUGAUGGAAAAACAAAACACUAUGGAAUGGAACAAUUAGGUCCAAAUUUAACUGGAUUAUAUUCACGUGUAUUAAAAAGACUUGGUCCUCUUAUUCAUACAGUACGCCUUAAAGCUUUGGCUGCAUCAUCUUCACUUGGAGGUAUACUGGGGCCACCGUCAGCAGCAACAGCAGCAGUUCACUCGAAUACUGAGUCUUUCCCAUCGCCUGAACUAUUGGCAAGUAUUAAUAAAACCUUAAAACUAUGUGAACUAGCAUUUUAUGAUAAAGAUCCAGUAAAACUUGGCGAAUUUUUAAAGUCAUGCGAUUCUAUGCAAAUGGAUCCAAAAUGUCAACAACCUGGAUCAGUGACUAUCAGCCAGCUUGUAAGAGCAAUGAAAUUAACACCAUUUUUAAACCCACAAAUCAGUAAAUGGAUUAAAGAAGUACUGUUGCCGAAAUGGAAUAUUCUCGAGAAUAAUAUUGAACAGAAAGAAAAAAAGCCAACAAGUUCACGAAGUAGUCAGCGUUCACAGAAGCAUAAUGUGAAACACGAUCUACCUAAUCCCACUCUUAUCAGGAAAGAAUCACUUAGAUCUUCUAUAUUGAAACUGAAGGAAACGGUACCAAAAAAACCGCUGAAUCAGUUUACAGUAGAUGAAGUAUGUCACUUAGUUGAAAGAAUAGUUCUGUUAACUUCGAAACCACUUAUGAAUGAUACAAUGAAUUCUUAUCCAAAUACAAAAUCACAAAAUCGCUUAUUCAAUAAUGAAAUGGAUUCAACAUUUAUUAAACGAUUAAGCUCUGAAGAAUCUGAAACACUUAUCAAUGAUCCAAUACCACCAGCAGCUGUGAAUACCAUAGUACAUCAUGAACAUACAUCUUCAAACAUUAAACGUUAUACAGAAUCUAUGAGAAAGUUAAAUAUCACAGGAAGUGUAUUAGACUUGUGUUCAUUAAAGGAUUUAGAAGCAAAGCUUAAUAUGUUGCCUGUUGACUGGAAAAUGUUUUGUGCAUUUAUACAACAUUUAAAGAAAACAGAAAGUGAAGAAACAAUUUCAACAAAAUCACGAAAAUCAAAUGAACAAUUCACUGUACCAUAUCAAAUAUUACCUCAGAAUCAUCAAAAUACAGCUCAAGUAUCAAGACAUAAAUCUAUAGAAACUGAUAAAUCUUCAGUAUUAUCAGAAGUUAGAAAAGAUCAGUUAAUGAUGAAUACAGUUAGUGAUACAAGUUUGACAGUAAAAAGUGCUCCACUUACAAAGGACUAUCAGUUGGACAAUGAGUUAAAUUUAGUUGAUCAUGGUUAUGAUAACAAGAAAGAUGGAAUCACUACAGCUCAGAUACGUGCAAGCAAAUCAGGAGAUAGUAAACACGCUUCAGAAAAUAAUAUUCAUGUACCAUACUUUAGUUAUACGAAUGAACUUUCUGAGCGCAAUGAUUACCCAUUGCAUCAUUCAAAAAUGUCUGAAGGACCGGUUCAUAGUGUCCUGCCACCUUGCACUAAAUAUCAGUCAAGGAUAGAACCAAACAUGAUAACUCAACAGUCAAGACAUAUGCAUUAUAAUAAUAAAAUUAAUAAAUCUCAAUAUGAACUGAGAUCUAAACCUUGUCAUGACAACAUUCAUCCGCAUUCUCAUCACAAGUUGAGGAAUCAGAAAUCACUAGGAUCUAAAGUAGUUUGUGAUCAAAAUGAAUGUGAUUGUUACCUGCAUGACUCAGCAUUUCCAGAUGAUACAGGGGUACAUCGGGCUUACACACUACCUCAUUCCUUACAAUUUUAUCACCAGAAACAGUAUAAACUACAUAUGCAUGAUUAUGCAUCGCAUUCUUCACGAUCACCAAACGCUGCAAUUUGCAGUCGUCAUCAUAUGCCGACAGCAGGAAAUAAUCUUGUACCGUCAGCAACAAUGCAAGAAUCAUUGUUAACUGAUAAUUUAGAAUUAACAAGUCAAAAAUGUAUGCAAUGUAAAUUUCCACUGCACACAGAAUAUCACCAACAUUACUGUAUUCAUCAACAAUGUAUUCCAGACUUUUAUAAUUCCCAUCAUUUAGUCAAUAAAAGUGCAUCUUAUUUGCAUAAAACUGCUGAAUUCUUACAUCGUCCCUUAGAUCCAUCGAACAUUCACGGCCAUGAUAAUAAAAAGAUUACAACGUCAGCAACACGUCAAUUCAAUACACCUGCUGAUUAUCCAACACCAUGUGUAAAGGAUUCUGCCUCUACUUCAUUAGCCGGUGAACUGGGUGAUGAAGUGGCUGAUAUGAGUCAAAUAAGUAAUGAAGAGGAGAACAUAAACGAAACUUUUGUAAUUACAGAUGAAAAAUUGGAAGUAAGAAGACUUAAACAACCUUCGAUUCCUUCAACUCCUGAUACGAUUGCAUAUCAACAACCAUGUGAUUGCAAUUACUGGUAUGCUCAUGAACAACAACAAUCACACCGACAUCUACAUCAUGACCACUAUCAAGUAAAGCAGACGACAGAUAUACAAAACCAAAAUUCUGAUCAGAUAAUUAAUUCUGUAAUGGAAAGAGAGCAGAUAAAUUCCAGUUUAGAUACACUCAGUACUACAACAAAUAGUAGUAGUGAUAAUAGUAGCACAACUAAUCUUAGUAAUGAAAACGCCAGUGAACACAGUCAUUUGGAUGUUAAUAAUUCAGUUGAUAGUUGUGAUGAAAUCACAUCGGAAUGUUCUAGUGAUAAUACAGUUAAUUCAAAAUGAAAAUCUACUAAACAAUGUCGCUGAUAAAAACUACAUCGAAAUCUCUUAUACAAAACAGCAGUUGAAUCUAAAAUCAUUCAAGAAAAUUUUCCACUUCCUACAACAACUGAAUUCUAAAAUGAAUUACACCAACUGAUAACAAGCUUUGAUUGACUUCUUUCGUAAUAAUAAUACUCCUAAUAAGAAUAAUAAUCGUAAUAAUGGCAACAAAUUUGAUUAUUGAUCGUUUCAUAUCAACAAGUAGCGUCUGAAAUUCGAUGAAGUAAAGUAAAUUGGUAAAUUUACCCAUGUGAUAUAUGCUAAUUUUAACAACAGACACUUGUAAAUUUAGGACUUAGAUAAUAAAAAAUUUUAACUAUAUUUCCUACAAAUAAUAACCUACUGUAAAAAAGAAACUAAACAUGAAGUCAACUGAAGUUUUGAUUCAAAUAAAAAAUUGCUUAAGUGAAUAUAUACAUACAGUUUAAUGUUUUCGGUUAAUGUAACUUGAAAUAUGCUUGCUUAUGUUUUAAGCCGACCACUUUAGUAAUGAGUGAUCUGCAAAUGCAUUUAUAAUCUCCUUAUCUUUGUUUUUCGGUAAAUCUAUCUUCCAAAGUUGUACUGCUUGUAAAAUGUUUUUGAAAUAAAUAUUAACAGACAU